AUGGCAGUCAACUCGAUCAAACCUAUUCGCGUUUGGCUGACACCUCCUGGACCUAACCCGUGGAAGCCAGUUUUCUUGCUUGAAGAGUUAGGGCUGAAAUACCAGAUACAGUCCUUUCGAUUUGACGACGUUAAAAAAGAGCCCUAUAUCAGCAUCAAUCCAAAUGGUCGCGUGCCGGCUAUCGAAGACCCAAAUACAAGGAUAACGUUGUGGGAAUCGGGUGCAAUUUACCAGUAUUUAAUCGAACAAUACGACACAAGUAACCGCCUAUCGUACGAUACUCUUUCAGAGAAACAUAAAUGCAACCAGUGGCUCCAUUUUCAGAUGAGCGGUCAAGGGCCCUACUAUGGACAAUGUGGCUGGUUUCAGCACUUACACUCCGAGAAGAUCCCCUCGGCUAUCGAGCGUUAUAAGAGUGAGAUUAGGCGAGUGCUGAGCGUUAUUGAAGGCGUGUUAGCAGACAAACCGGCUACUGCUCAGUGGCUAGUCGGUGAUAAAAUGACAUUUGCAGAUAUGGCUUUUGUACCAUGGAACUGCCGCCUCAGCGAGGUAUUGAUGCAACCGUGGGAUGAAAUAUGGGAUGGUAUACCCCAUGUCCGCGCUUGGCACGAGCGGAUGGCUGUGCUUCCGUCUUGGAAACGUUCUAUGGAAAAACGGGAUCAGUUGAUGGAUGAGCAGGGAUUGCAGUGGAACGGGUUUCCAAAAGGCAUUGUAUCAUUUCAGGAGUAUGAGAAAGUCAUAGCUCAUAAUGCCGAACUUGGCGACUAG